AUGACGUCGCAAAGAAGAUCGUUUGAUGGAAUCCCAUCCAGAUGUUGGUGUGGCAAAGGGAUUGUGACAUAUGUUUCGAAGACAGAUGAGAACCCUUACAGACGUUUUUAUAGAUGCAAGUUAGGGUUACAGAGGAAGAAAGAAGACCAUCUGUUUAAGUGGGUCGAUGAAGCUAUGUUUGAUGAACUUCGUAGGAUUGAUGCACAACAAGAAAUAACUGAAGAAGAGAUUGGGGAUUUGAAAAAGUGUUUGAAGAAGGCAGACGAAAGGGUUGAUGUAGGUUGUAUAGGCAUAAUUCAAUGGCUUUUCGAAAGGGUUUGCAACUAA